GUAUCAUUGUCAAACAUAACGACGCCUAGACUGCCGCGGUGCUAGUUGCAUUUUGCAUUUAAAGAUAUGUCGUAUAAAACUAUUUCUUUUGCCGGCAAUCCAGAUUUAAUGGAUUUUAAAUGUAAAUACCAACAUUUCCCCGACGGAUUUAUGUUUUGUACUAGUUCUGCAGCAUAUCAAGUUGAAGGUGCCUGGAACGACGAAGGAAAAGCCGAAAGCAUAUGGGAUCGAGUAGCGCACACUAGACAAGAGUUGUUUGACGGCGAUCCGGAUUCAGGAGACACAGGAGAUGAACAGAACCCUCCGAGGACACGACUUUUGUUCAUGUGCAAAGGCUUGCCAGUGUAUCGAUUCAGCAAUCACAAGCCAUGUGCUACCCCUAUAACGGGCGACGUCGCUUGUAAUAGUUAUUAUAACAUCGCCGAAGACGUCGGGCGUCUUAAAGAGCUCGGCGUCCAAACUUAUCGGUUUUCUUUGAGCUGGCCCCGGCUUUUACCUAGGGGCGAGGAUAGUCUAAUAAAUCCGUCUGGCGUUCAAUAUUACAAUCAACUAAUCGACGCGUUAUUGGAGAACAACAUCACUCCCUUGGUAACGAUUUACCAUUGGGAUUUGCCUCAAUCGAUACAAGACCUCGGUGGUUGGUGCAACAGAAUUGUCGUCCAGCUCUUCAGCCGUUACUGCCGGUUUGUGUUUAGCGCGUUUGGCGACCGAGUGAAAUACUGGAUCACCAUCAAUGAACCGUUCAACGUAGCCGAAAGCUAUGGCAGUGCGUUCGGGGCACCCGCGUUGACUUCGAGCGGCUUCGGGGACUACUUGGCUGUACACCACAUAAUACUGGCCCACGCCACUGCUUAUCGGUUGUACGACAGAGAAUUCAGAGCAUUUCAAAACGGCCAAAUCGGUAUUUGUUUGAACCUGGAUUGGUAUCGCCCCAAAGACCCGAACAGCGCACAAGAUCAUUAUGCUGUUCACCGGGCUCGUAUGUGGCAAUUUGGAAUUUUCGCUCAUCCUUUGUACUUUGGAGAUUACCCGGAAGAUGUGAAACGGUCGGUUUCGUUGGUCAGCCAAGCUAACGGUAUAACAACAAAUCGUCUUUCGGAAUUCGACGAAUAUGAAAAGUGCUUAAUUAAAGGAACUCUGGAUUUUUUGGGGUUCAACCAUUAUUUCUCUGUACACGCCACGACGCUGAAGUGCACGGACAGUAAUUAUUGUUCGCUUAAAUCGAUCGAUUCGAAUUUCGAUUUAUCGUUUAUGGAAGAGUACCCCAAAUGGAACCCGAUGUGGUUAAAAGAUACACCAAGAGGGCUGCGAGAAGCGUUGUGUUGGAUUAGAGACACGUAUGGCAAUCCCAGGUUGUUCAUAACGGAAAAUGGAGUUGCCGGCAAAGGGCUGGACGAAGACGAGGACGCUUUCUUCAAAAUAAGAUACCACUAUGGUUAUUUAACUUCUGUACUGAACGCAAUCAAUGAAGAUGGAUGCAACGUGAUCGGUUAUGGAGUUUGGUCGUUUAUGGACUCGUUUGAAUGGUUUUUCGGUUACAAACCAAAGUUUGGGAUUUAUCGAGUUGACUUCGAAGAUAAGAAACGUUCUAGAUAUGGAAAAAAGUCUACACAAUUUUUUAAACAAUUAUUUCAGACUAAGACAUUACCCGAUGUUCUAGACCAGUUGUAUGGUUAAGCCAUCAUAUUUCCCACUAAAGGCUAAUAAAAAAAUAAAAAUAAAUUAUAUAGUUCUAACAAAAACUGCAACGAAGUCGGUUAAAUAAAGCUUAAAACACUAUUUGUUAC